AUGCAGCGACCGGUUUGGGCUUGCACCAUCAAAGUUUCGGUCGCGGCAAUGUCUGAAGACCCUGCACCUCGUCUUCCCUCCUCGUCCAUCCGAGAACCCCUCUCCCUUUUCCCGGCAAGACAUUUUCACACAUCUAAUGCAAUGUACUACAGUGACUUGUUUUGCCAGCCCAUAAAGCCUAAGGCGGCAUCUCAAUCCUUUAGCUUUAUCACGACGACGACCAAGGCCACUAAUCCACGUAACCGGCCGCAUAUUUGA